AUACGGGUUGCAAGUCGCGGAAUAAAUAAAACCAACUUUUAAAAAAUAUAAAAAAACCUUAAGGAAAACAAACAAACAUCAAGAACAAUCAACAACAAUAUGUGUGAUGAGAUGAUAAAUAAAUGCAUCACAGUGGCGACAUUAAUUAAAAGUGAUUUAAUUUAAAACGGCAGAAAAACAACAGCGAGUAAACUCUUCAAAAACAUAGUUGCUGUUUUUUUUUUGUAUAAUAAAUAUUUAAAAUACUUAAAAUAAAGUGCAAAAAAUACUACUUAUAUUCUACUGACUGACUGUCUGUCUGAGCAUUAUUUUCAAUUAAGAAGAAAAGUGCAUAAAGUUCAAAGCGCACACAGUAUAAAAUAAAAGCAGAAAUUUCUUUUUUGCAAAAGUUUCUCUUUAAUAUUUUGGCAAAAACUAUAUAAAAAAAAUAAAGUAAAAAACAACUACGUAUACGUGUCCAUUAGAGUUUUUCCGCGAGUGCAAGUUUUUCAUCUGGCCCGUUAUAGUAUGUGCUAAAAGUUAGUCAACACCUUUUUGGCGAAAAACUAAAAUAAAAAAAAAAAAACACAAGAAAUUUUGUUGUUUAAAAACAGGCGCUGCUGCACAACAGAAGAAAAAUGUCUCGCAACAUUAUCGUGCAAUUGUUUGCCAGCUUGUGGUUGUUGUCUGUGUUGACAGCUCCCUCGUUGGCUGUUUAUUGCCCCACAGGUUGCAACUGUUUUCAACGUACUGUUCGCUGUUUGCGUACACAUUUAACUGCCAUACCAAAAGUACCACAAGAUACCACAGUUCUUGAUUUUCGUUUCAAUCAUUUUGAGGAAAUACCAACAAAUGCAUUUGAAGGAUUAACACAGGUGACUACGUUGUUUCUGAAUGAGAAUGAGAUUUCCUACAUACAAGAGGGAGCUUUUGAUGGUUUGGUCUCAUUGCGGUUCUUGUAUUUGAACUAUAAUCGCAUUAGUAAGUUGCCAAAGAGUAUCUUUCAAAAGUUGCAGCAGCUGGAGGGAAUAUACCUGGAAAACAAUGAUAUUUGGCAAAUUGAUGCAGAUACCUUCGCCAGUCUACCACGUUUAAAUCGAAUUUUUCUUUUCAAUAAUAAACUCACUAAUCUGCCACCAGAUGCAUUUACACGUUUGCCAAGCUUGAAACGCCUACGACUGGAUGGCAAUCCCAUCGAUUGUAAUUGUGGUAUUUACUCAUUGUGGCGCCACUAUCAACAGCAUCCCCAACGAAAACUCAUCACCAUUGCCCUGACUUGUGAGACGCCAGCAACAUUGUAUCGUCAUGGAUUUGCGAGUCUACAGGAAUAUCAUUUUCAUUGCACAAAACCUGAAAUAGUGGAGGCACCACAUGACAUGCAUUUAACAACAGGUGAAACAGUUGAGUUGCCCUGUCGCAUGGUGGGUGAUCCGGAGCCUGAAAUAAUUUGGAUGCAAAACACAAAUGAAGUUUCAACAGACUAUUCACCUAAAAUGCAAAUAUUGUCCUCAGGCACGCUCAAAAUAAAUGCGGUAGACUCAAAUGAUAUUGGUAUUUAUGAGUGCAUUGGACGCAAUGAAGUUGGUGAGACACGUACACAGCCCAUACGGAUGAUGGUCGAACAAAGCACCAGCCCAAACACAUAUCCAAACAAUAACAAUCGUUAUGCUACAACACAUGGGGAGUAUAAUGGUAACAAUGAUAAUAAUCAACUGUGGAAUGUUCAUCUAAACCAAAAUAACAGACAGAAUACCGAAUUAAUUCGUAACAUUGACAACAGAAACAGCAUUCACAGUAAUAGACAAGUGCCUGCUGCAUCUGCACCGGCCCCAUACACAGCCUCACCAUUGCAUCCUGGAAAUAGUCUGCUGCAGCCACCCACUUUUGUGUACACACCCUCAGAUCGUAUUGUGGCCCUGAAUGGUGAUGCUGUACGUUUGGAUUGUAUGGCAACGGGCAACCCAACACCUGACAUCCAAUGGUAUUUCAACGGUCGCUUGGUUGCACAAUCCACUGAUGCACUACGCAUUCAAACAAAUGGCAGUUUAGUUAUUGUCCAGCCUACAUUAUUGCUGGCAGGUGUAUAUCGUUGUGAGGCCACAAAUCAUUUAGGUACCGUGCAGUCUAGCGCCAAUAUCGAAGUAAAAGAAUUACCUGAAAUACUGAUGGCGCCACAAAAUCAAACAAUUAAAGUUGGUAAAAGCUUUGUAUUGGAAUGUGAUGCGGACGGUAAUCCGAUACCAACCAUAACGUGGCAAUUUAAUGGUGAAGCAAUUGCGGCCAACGAGCAUCUGGUAUUGGAAAAUGAAAACACGGAAUUGAUAGUAAAUAAAGCUCAGGAAUCUGAUACAGGCAUCUACACCUGCAUUGCAGAAAAUGAAAAUGGUCAUGCCAUAGCCGCAGCCACCAUUACAGUGGAAAGAACACGCAGUGCACCACAUUUGAUUAUAGAGCCCUACGAUCUGGAGGCUUUCACCGGCACAUCCAUCGAGUUGCCCUGUAAGGCAGACGAAACCGAGGACAUACAGAUAACUUGGCGCAAGGAUGGUCGUGUUAUUGAUCCAAAGGUUUUGCACACAGAUAAAUAUGAAGUUAUAGCCACUGGCAGUUUGUUUAUUAAGAAUGUUACUAUAUUGGAUAAUGGUCGUUACGAGUGUUCGAUUAAAAAUGAAUUUGGACGUGCUACUGCCUCAGCGUUGAUAACGAUAAGAAAUAAUGAAAAUCUCGCUCCAGGAGAUCGUUAUGUACGCAUUGCUUUCGAAGAGGCCGCCAAGGAAAUUGAUUUGGCCAUUAACAACACCGUAGACAUGCUGUUUACAAAUCGCAAUCGUACUAAGCCCAAUGGCGAAAGAGCACCACCCAACUAUGGAGAUCUGUUGAGAGUAUUCCGUUUCCCCACGGGAGAGGCCAGACAACUGGCCAGAGCCGCCGAAAUUUAUGAAAGAACUUUGGUCAAUAUUAGGAAGCAUGUAUUGAAAGGCGAUAAUUUAACCAUUAAAAGUGACCAAUACAAGUUUAAGGAUCUUUUGUCCAGAGAACAUUUGCAUUUAGUGGCUGAGUUAUCGGGUUGCAUGGAACAUCGUGAAAUGCCCAAUUGUACUGACAUGUGUUUCCAUUCCAAAUUCCGCACUCUUGAUGGUACUUGUAAUAAUCUGUUACAUCCCACCUGGGGUGCUUCCCUGACCUCCUUCAGGCGUAUAGAGAAACCAAUAUACGAAAAUGGUUUCAGCAUGCCCAUAGGUUGGACUAAGAAUAAACUAUAUGCAGGCUUUCCCAAACCUAGUUCCAGAUUGGUUUCUACUUCUAUUGUAGCCACUAAAGACAUAACUCCAGAUGAUACCAUUACCCACAUGGUUAUGCAAUGGGGUCAGUUUUUGGAUCAUGAUCUCGAUCAUGCUAUACCCUCGGUAAGUUCCGAGAGUUGGGAUGGUAUUGAUUGUAAGAAAACUUGUGAAUUUGCUCCGCCCUGUUAUCCCAUUGAAGUACCACCAAAUGAUCCUCGCAUUAAAAACAGACGUUGCAUUGAUGUAGUACGUUCCAGUUCCAUUUGUGGUUCUGGCAUGACUUCGGUAUUCUUUGACAGUGUUCAGCAUAGAGAACAGAUUAACCAAUUGACUUCCUAUAUUGAUGCCUCACAAGUCUACGGCUUUAGUGAGCAAUUUGCCAAUGAAUUGAGAAAUCUUACUACCGAUGAUGGUCUUCUACGUGUUGGUGUCCACUUCCCCAAUCAACGUGAAAUGUUGCCGUUUGCUGCUCCUCAAGAUGGUAUGGAUUGUCGCCGUAAUUUGGAUGAAAAUCAAAUGAGCUGUUUUGUGGCGGGAGAUAUUAGAGUUAACGAACAAGUUGGUCUACUGGCCAUGCACACCAUUUGGAUGCGAGAGCAUAAUCGCAUUGCUGCCGAAUUCCGUCAUGUAAAUCCUCAUUGGGAUGGCGAUACCAUUUACUAUGAGGCCCGCAAAAUAGUGGGAGCUGAAAUGCAACACAUCACCUACAAACACUGGCUGCCCUUGAUUGUGGGAGAGAGUGGCAUGGCUAUGCUGGGAGAAUACAAGGGUUACGAUUCCUCCAUAAACCCCAGCAUUGCUAAUGAGUUUGCUACAGCUGCUUUAAGAUUUGGUCAUACCAUUAUUAAUCCCAUAUUGCAUAGAUUAAAUUCUUCAUUUGAACCCAUACCUCAAGGCCAUUUGCCUCUGCACAAGGCCUUCUUUGCUCCCUGGAGAUUGGCCUAUGAAGGUGGUGUAGAUGCCUUAAUGCGAGGCUUUUUCGCCAUACCUGCCAAAUUGAAGACGCCCGAACAAAAUCUCAAUACCGAAUUGACGGAAAAGCUUUUCCAAACUGCCCAUGCUGUGGCCUUGGAUUUGGCGGCUAUAAAUAUACAAAGAGGUCGUGAUCAUGGUAUUCCCGGCUAUAAUGUCUACCGUAAAUUCUGUAAUCUUACGGUAGCUAAAACUUUCGACGAUUUGGCCUCAGAAAUCAUCAGCAAAGAUGUAAGAGAUAAAAUGAAAGAACUUUAUGGUCAUCCUGACAAUAUUGAUAUUUGGUUGGGAGGUAUUUUGGAAGAGCAAGUAGAAGGUGGCAAAGUGGGUCCUCUUUUCCAAUGCUUGUUGGUAGAGCAGUUCAGGCGUUUACGUGAUGGUGAUAGAUUCUAUUACGAAAAUCCCACUGUAUUCUUGCCACAGCAAUUGCAGCAAAUUAAAGAGGCCAAUUUGGGACGUGUAUUGUGUGACAAUGGAGAUAAGCUGGAGGAAGUUACAGACAAUGUUUUCAUUUUGCCCAAUCGCCAGGGAGGCUAUAAGAAGUGUGAAGAUAUACCCGGUAUAAAUCUAUAUUUCUGGCAAGAUUGUGGCAGUUGCAGCAGUUUACCUCCCCUCUUCGAUACCUAUGUGCCACAAACCUAUACACACAGUCGAAAUAAGCGGUCUGUUAACACUGAAGAACCCGAACACUUGACCGAAUCUAACAAUCACUUAGAAGACCUUUGGGAUAUUAACGAGGAAAGAGUUGGAGGUCUAGAGGAGGUUGUGAGUAGCUUCCAGAAAGAAUUGAAAAAGCUGCACAAGAAAAUCCAUAAACUAGAGGAAUCUUGCGAUAGCACCAACAGCAAUAUCAAGCCAACCAAACGAAAUCAUUGUGUUGAUGAAAAUGGCACCACACGCUUAAACAACGAAGUAUGGACACCCGACUAUUGCAGCAAAUGUGAAUGUAGACGGGCUCAGGUUACCUGCACAAAAGAGAAAUGUGGUGAAGUCCACUGUCUGCCGGGCGUAGAUCCAAUUACACCACCUAUGGCUUGCUGUCCCCACUGUCCACCAACUUUUAAUAAAAACUAAGCAAUAAAUCCCAUGGUUUUUUAUUGACAACAAAAAGAGAUUAAACCUUUUAAACAAAUAAGAUGUAUAACAUUUUUUAAACUCUGAUUCACAACAAAUUUCUGAGAUUUAUUAAUUUUAUGCACAAUAAAUUAGUUCAAACCAAUUAAACAAAAAACAAAAAAAAAAACUAACAUUAAUUUUAAGAUUCUUUAACUCUUCUAAGAAAAACACAAUUAAAAAACCAGACACAAUGAAUGGCCAAACUUAAACCAACAAAACAAAACAAAUUAUAACGUACUAUAUAUACAAUUAUAGAAAACUAAUGUAAUGAUUAAAAAAAAAUUAAAAUAAAAUAAAAAAAAAUAUAUAAGAUUACAAAAGUGUA